GCCGCGAUCAUCGCCUGCUGGAGAUAUUGUAUUAUUAAUGCCUGGUCUGGUGAGGUGUGGCAUGCGUGAAUCUCCUUCAGACUUCGAUCGCCCAGGACAUGAAUCAUCCGGGGAUAGGUCGGGAAGGUAUAUAAGCAAUAAUGGCCAGUCUAUUUAGCUCACCACACUCCUCAGUACUCGCGGCUUUAAUCCUCUCUCCUGCAACUCACGAACAUGUCUGCCAGCGUCCCGAAGACGAUGAGGGCCUUGACCACCCAACCCGAGCGGAAGGCUGCAGUCACGGAGGUCCCGUACCAAGCAUUACCGACGAUGAGAUCCUCGUCAAGGUUGUGCGGUAGCGCAGAACCCACCGACUGGAAAUUCGUCGAGUUCGUACAGAACCAUGGAACCAUCUGUGGAUGCGACUGGUCGGGGAACGUCGUCCAGGUCGGCAAGAACGGCGGAAGCUACACUGACCGGGGUGCCUUCGCCGAGUAUGUAAAGGUAGAGCCCGACCUCACGUGGAAGGUGCCUCCGGGCACGCUCUCCCACGAGGAGACUGCUACUAUGGGCUGCGCUUUCUGGACUUCCGCCCAGGCCCUGUUCCAUCCUACUCGUCUUGCAUUGGUCGAGCCGCCCAACAAAGCGUCAGGGAACGAGUGGAUCUUCGUCUACGGCGGUAGCAGUUCCGUUGGACUAUAUGCUAUCCAACUCGCGCACCUUGCGGGCUACAAGGUCGUCACGGUCGCAUCACCCAAACACCAUGAACUCGUGAAGUCCCUCGGCACGGACGCCGUAUUCGACUACAAAGACCCUGAUGUGGUCUCGAAAAUCAAAGAGGUGACUGGCGACUCGCUGCACGUCGGAUUCGACACCAUCUCCGUGCCCGAGUCGCAAGUCCUGACCGUCAAGUCCUUCGCGUCCGGACCUGGUAAGCUCAUCGUCAUCCAGCAGCCGGAGGACGACGCGAAGAAGGUGAACACGGAAGUUGCGAUCGAACACACCCUGAUCUACACCGCUCUCGGAAAAGAGCUCAAGCUGGGCAAUGGCUACCCUCCAAUCCCGGAGGACCGGGCGCACAUGGCUCAGUUCUUGAAGAAGGUUCCGGGGCUCGUCAGCUCUGGGGCGAUCAAGCCAAACCCUAUCAGGCUCUGGGAGGGCGGUCUGGAGGCCAUUCCAGCCGGCUUCCUCUACAUGAAGGAGGGCAAGGUCACCGGAGAGAAGCUCGUAUACCGCGUGUAGAUGGGGACUUUCACAGAGGGUUGCGACGUCUGUGGGAAGACGAAAUGUAUAAUAGGAAUAAUGGUAUUGUUCUCGAUCGUCGUCUGACUUACAGUACUUUCGAGUUCGCUUCCGGAUCCGGUCCGUCCGCGUUACGCUCGA